UGCGCGAGGAGAUGCUAGAGGGCGCCGCGCCGCCGGCACCAUGCGCCCCGCGCCCGCGCUGGCCCUGGCCGCGCUCUGCCUGCUGGCGCUGCCCGCCGCCGCCGCCGCCGCCUACUUCGGCUUGACUGGGCGAGAAGUCCUAACGUCCUUCCCAGGGCUGGGCACCGAGGCAGCCCCAACACAGGGCAGUGCCCACCUGAAGCAGUGUGACAUGCUCAAGCUGUCCCGCCGGCAGAAGCAGCUGUGCAGGCGAGAGCCUGGCCUGGCUGAGACCCUGCGGGAUGCAGCACACCUUGGCUUACUCGAGUGUCAGUUCCAGUUCCGGCAGGAGCGCUGGAAUUGCAGCCUGGAGGGAAGGAAUGGCCUGCUCAAGAGAGGUUUCAAGGAGACAGCCUUCCUGUAUGCAGUGUCUGCAGCUGCCCUCACCCAUGCGCUGGCCCGGGCCUGCAGUGCUGGGCGCAUGGAGCGCUGUACCUGUGAUGACUCCCCCGGCCUGGAAAGCCGGCAGGCCUGGCAGUGGGGUGUGUGUGGUGACAACCUCAAGUACAGCACCAAAUUCCUGAGCAACUUCCUGGGACCCAAGAGAGGAAGCAAGGACCUGCGGGCCCGAGCUGACGCCCACAACACCCAUGUGGGCAUCAAGGCUGUGAAGAGCGGCCUCAGGACCACGUGCAAGUGCCACGGAGUGUCAGGAUCCUGUGCCGUGCGCACCUGCUGGAAGCAGCUCUCCCCCUUCCGUGAGACAGGCCAGGUGCUGAAGCUGCGCUAUGACUCCGCUGUCAAGGUGUCCAGUGCCACCAACGAGGCUUUGGGCCACCUGGAGCUGUGGGCACCUGCCAAGCCAGGUAGCCCCACCAAAGGGCUGGCACCCCGGCCUGGAGACCUUGUCUACAUGGAGGACUCCCCCAGCUUCUGCCGGCCUAGCAAGUAUUCUCCAGGCACGGCUGGCAGGGUGUGCUCCCGGGAGGCCAGCUGUAGCAGCCUGUGCUGUGGGCGUGGCUAUGACACCCAGAGCCGCCUGGUGGCCUUCUCCUGCCACUGCCAGGUUCAGUGGUGCUGCUACGUGGAGUGCCAGCAGUGCGUGCAACAGGAGCUUGUAUACACGUGUAAGCGCUAGGCACUGCAGUGAGCCAACCCGUGCUGCUGGGACCUUGGUGGCAUGUUGGGGAAGGUACAUGCAAUGUGCAUGUGGACACUGAUGGACAUGCCCGUGCACGUAUGUGUGCCACUCCUCACUUUUUUGUCCCCACUCCAUCCUUGGCCAGCCUCUUGUCUCCCACAACACUCAGCAAACUGAAGCAAAGUAUCCUGCCCUGAGUCCAAGUGUCUCCAACCUUGCUGAAGAUUUGGAGCAGGAGAGCAGACUGGGAAGGGAAGUGGAAGGAAAUAAAGGAGACGUAGAGGGGAGGAAGGAGUGAGGUUGUACCGGGAAGGAGGGGUGUCCUGCCGUCUCCCAUUCCUGGGAUGCAUGGCCAGAAGCCAGCAAGCUGCUGGGGGAAUGCAGGAGAGACAGUGCCAGCUGGAAGCCUAGGCAGGCACCCAGCCAGGAUGGGUCGGUCCAGUCCUGCUCAGAUUUCAAUGAGCUCUGGAUGCCAUGCACUCACACUAUUCUGGCGGUAGUGCUGAGAGCUGUUUGGAGUAAGGAAAUCUUUCUGGGUUUAGUGGCACCAAGUUUGAUUCAUGCCCUCAAAUCUCAUGCCCUUGAUUUGAUUUUUCAAACCUAGCUGCACUGAGACCUCAUCCUUGUCUCCAUAGCUGAAUUUCUCACAGAUACCCAGCUCUAUUCAAUGAGACUUCCAAGGCAGAUGGGAAAGGUGGGAGAGCCAGUCGCCAGAGUGGAAUUCAAACUGUAGUGUACCUGCGGUUGGGCAGGAAGACAGUGACCCUUCUCCAUUUUCCCUGGUAGCCAAAGGAAACUUUGAUGACAGCCCAAAGGAGGAGGUGCCAGCUGGGGUGCAGCAAGCUCAGUGCUUCAGCUCACGCCAGAGCGUGUUCUGGCUGACCCCUGUGGCUGUGGGACACCGGGGUUGGGAGGCCCCACAGCUACUGAUGUUUGUGUUGCAGAAGGACCUUGGACUGAUGAUCUGCAGUUCUGGUUACAUGUCUAUUCUCACGGCUGCUUGUCUAUUCAGGCUUUUGUUCUGGUAGAGUCUUUGUUAAGCCUGGCUCCUUGGUGGCCUCUUUCUUCAGUAAUGGCCUCUUACUUGGGCCCCUGCCUGAGGAAUAGAUGUGUCUUUGCUAAAGUCACCGUGGACCUGUGGACAUUUCCAGUACCACCUUCCAAAGCCCCAGGUGGAAGGAGGAGCAUCUGUUUAUAGGUGCACACAGAUGCCUGCACCACUGGGACCAGGUGAAGGGUUUCCAGUGAGCAGUGCACAUCUCUGGCCCAGGACUGAGCUCUUGCAGGGGUCAGUUUGCUGGAUCCUAUGUGCUUCCCAAGAGCAGGGCCUAAGGCCAGCAGGGAGGAAGUGACCUCCUUCGGGAAGCUUGUAGCUGCUUGGCUGGCCUGCCGCGACCUCUCGUACGCUUCCUUUCUCCCUGAACCCAGGGCUGCUGACCCUCCACUGAAACAGGAAAUCCAGAAUCAGCCAAGUGCACAGAACCCUUGGGAACUCCAGCUCCAGGAAGAAGGCCAGAGGCCCAACAGCCUCCUAGAGACCUUCACGGCCAAAGGGUCCACUCUUUCUUUGGUGACUCAAAGCAGUCUGGGGUGCUAGAAAGAUCUUUGAUGAUGGAGGCACUGAUGAGAGGCCAAACUGACGUGACACCCCUUGCUAGAAUGAUUUUGCUGACCCUGCAGCUGGCCCACAUCUUGGCAGAAGGAGAAAAAGGGUUUGCAGCCUGGUUCUCUAGUUGUGGUCUACUUCUUUCUGCAUGAACAGAGACUUGUUCUCUGCCAGGGAGAUCCAUCCUGUUCCUCCAGCAUUACCUGUACCUUGGCUCAGGCUGUGUUGCACGGCAGGAAGAAGGACUUGGGAGAAACCUGGGGGCCAGGGCACCCCAUCUACUACCAUUCUAUCUACACCCCAACUCUAUGGCUAUUAGGGCUGGGGUGACAGGAGGAUAAGGGAUAGACUCAGAUGACCGAGGUCAUGGCUGGCCACUGACACUGACACCCUGGUCACUGACCCCUCGGCUUGUGGGGGUCUUCUUUGUCCAGCCCCCCUCCCUCUCUUCUUCCUUCUAGCUCUUUCUCUCCUCAUUACCCCUAAACAGCCACCUUAGCCCUUCUGGGGCCCCUGGGGACCGGAGUGACCAAUAACCCCUCAUUCUGCAGCUUUAAGGGAAAUGCUCACAGGGUAUUUUUGUCUACCUCACAUAUAUAGUUUUUAGGGCAAAACAGAGUAUUUAUAUAGCUAAGAUUAUGGGAAAGUAUUUAUGUUAUUUAUAUAGUUUCUGUUUCACAGGCAGUACAUGUGGAGUUUGUGUUUCCCCAGAAGCCUUGUGUCUGGGGAAACACAGCAAGACCUGAUUGGGGCCCUGCUGAGCUAGAUGUUAGGUGGCUGGGGGGAGGUCACAUUAGCUCAGCAUCCCGUGAUCUAUCUUGGAAUCGGUGAGCAAGCAUCUCCUUUGUGAUGUGUCCUACUGGCUUGAUCUGGAUCAUCCUUGUGAAGUCUUUGAAGAGUCUUUGCUUCUCUGGGUUCCAGGCCCCUGUCAAAAGUAUUUCGCUCAUAAUAAUAAUGAAAACAUGGAAGACCACGCUUGGCAUUUGUAAAGCACUUUCCUUUUCCAGAAACAUUUUUAUCUCUUUAAUCAAUUCAUUUCUCCAUUAUCUUUAGGAAGUGGUGGGGGCUGCAUGCUCAUCUUUGAGCUGAGGCCCAGAGAUGGAGGUCUGUACUCAAAGCCACACAGCAGGGAACUGUUCCCUGAAUAUUUGCUGAAUGUCUACAUGGACCUGGCACUGGGGGAGCUGUCUUACCUUGAGCCUGGGAGCCAAAGCCUGUCUAUCGUCCCAAGCCCAGGAACUCAGGGAAGUGGCUUCUUUCCUCACUGCGUGAUUCCAGCCUUUUGAUUCUGGAUGGCAUGGCAGCAUUUCCAAAUGGACUCCCAUGUUUCUGGGACUAGAAGUGCCUGCAAGAUCUGGCGAGAUCCAUGGAGGUCAUUUUAGAGGGUUCUUCUGUCACAUUGCCCAAGAAAGCUGGGCUACCUCACUAAGCCCUUCCAGAGGAGUUUUAUUUGCUUUUAAUUGAAAUUUUCCCUUUUAAGAUAUAUUAUUUCCCACCGGAUUUCUGUGGGGGUUUAUUUUCUUUGAAAAAUCAGUCCCAUUGAUAAACUGGGCCUUCAUUCCCAACGGGCUGCUGUAAGUCAGUACAAGGGACAGGAUGCAUGGGAGUUCUCCAGUUUACCAAAUGUCCCCUGCCUCAGCCCUCCGCAUUUAUGGAUGUUCUUGCAGGGCUGUCAUGGGCACACAGAGUCUGCCUCCUUCUCCAUUUAACCCCAUUUGCCCUGGAAUCCUCUAUUGCCUGGUGGACAGAUGGACAGAUGGACCCAUGCUAACCCUGAACUUUAUUUUUUGUUUUAUAGUUUCCUUUCCCAACAGCCAUGAAGUUCCAUUGCUUUUUGUCCAAGCACACUUUAGAAUGACAAAGGUAGCUGUCAUUUGUUAAGUGCCCACUAAUCCACCCAUGAUUAUUUAUGAUGUUCCUACUGAAUGCCAGGCACCCUCCUGGGCGCUGGGGUACAGCAAUGUGUAAGAUCAAGUGGGCUGACAUCCUGGUGGUGGAAAGACCAUUAACCAAUAAAAAUACAUGCCAGUUAUGUGUA